GAGGUGUACAGUACGAAGUAAACAAUUCGAUUACUUGCUGUUAUAACAUAACUUACUGAAACUAAAAAGCAUAUUGUAUCAAAACCAUUCAAUUUAUCACGUGAAGGUAGCAUUUACCUAUGCCACUUGUCUCCAAUAAUUUAAUUGAAAUUGUCACCCCCUUUUGCAAAAUGUUUAAUUAUGUGCAUAUCCAAAAUGGCGGCGCCCAUCUAACCCCAAUUUUCUUUUGCUGAAAGCCUACACAAUUCAAAAAAUGAGCCAAGAUUUAUCCUCGUUGCCGCCCGGCGACCCAAGAAUUACAGAAGAGAUUGUGAAGAAACUGAAAUCACAAGGAAUAUUCGAUCAGUUUCGUAAAGAAUGUUUGGCAGAUGUUGAUACUAAGCCUGCAUAUCAAAAUCUUCGCCAACGAGUGGACAACUAUGUUACAAACUUUCUUUCAAAGCAGAAGUGGAGCCCAGAUUUAAACAAAAACCAACUGAGAGAACAACUGAGAAGGCAAAUAAACCAGUCUGGCAUGCUAGCUAGUGGAGUUGAAAGGAUUAUAGAACAGGUAGUUAAUCCAAAGAUUGAGACAGUGUUCAAGCCAGAAGUGGAUAAAGUGGUCUGUGAGUUCCUAGGAAUUGAUCCCAGUGAAAGAAGAAAAAAGUUGGAGGAAGUGAAGAAUGCUCAGAGACAACAGAGUUUGGAAAACCUAAAAAAUUACUGCACAAAUAUGCAGAACAUGCCUCCAGAUCUGCAAAGUCCUGGAGGCAGUUUUUCUGGAAACCAGCCACCAAAUCUAAUGAACAUGGAUCCAUUUGGUGCUCAGAAUAUGUCUUUCUCCCCACCAAACUUCCCAUCAGGGAGUUCCCAGUUUCUUCCCUUUCAAAGCACCAUGCAACCUCCAUUUCUACCAGGCCCAGCUGUUCAGCCUGUUGCCCAGCCUCCCCUGCCACCAGCUCCGGUGCCUGAAAGCUCUGCACCUCCCCCACUGCCCAGUGAAUCUGCUCCUCCCCUGCCAAGUGAGCCAGACACCCCACCCUUGCCCCCAGAGGCACCUCCUCUCCCACCAGAACCAGAAGAUAUGGACAUUGAUCCCCCUCCUGAGCCUGAACCUGGGCCAGAACCUCCUUCUCUUCCAAUGCUAGCAAAUGAAGACCAAGUCAAGUCAGAGCAAAACAAGUCUCCUGAAAAGUCUUCUAAGAAAUUUCUAGAAACACUAGACAUUCCACUCCCCAUUUCCACACCUGGUACAAGUGGUGGUUCUCCUGUUAAGAAACCUCAGUCUGACUCAACUAAGGAGCAGGAGAAUAAAGUUAGGGAAAAAAAAGAUGUGCCUGAUAAAAAAGACCAUGCUGAUGGAAUAAAGCCAGAAAAAUCCUACAAAUUUGCUUGGCAAGAUGUAGAUGAGGAUGAAUUCUCAGAUGUGACAAUCAGCUCUGUGCACACAAGUGACUUGUCUUCCUUUGAGACAUCUGAAUCAGAGUCAGAGAGUGAAAAUGAGGUAGAUGAAAGUGAGGAGAAAGAAGAAAAUAGCUCAAGUGAUGAGGGACAGGUCAAAACAAAGAAAGUGAAAGAAACAGAAGGUGCUUGUCCAGCAAAAGAAGACUCAGCAGAUCAUUUUAGACAAGAUGAAACUGCUACUGAGAAAAAACCUAGAAAAUUAAUAUCCUUGACUUACAACCUCAGUGACAGUGAUGAUGGAGAAACUAGAGAAGAGAAAAAAGCCAGAGUUGCUAAUGAAAAAGAGCAGCGAUAUUUGCAACGCCAGAAGAGAAGGGCUGCAUAUGAAUCUAAAAGAAAAGAGAGAGAUGAAGAAAAGGCACGUCUAAGAGAAGAAAGAAAAAUUGCAAAGGAGACCUUAAAAGCUGUGCCAACAGAAGAAUCAGAAGAAGUCUCAUCUGAAAAACAGGAAGAAAAGAAGGCACAAGACAAGAAACACAGAAUGAAAAAAUCUAAGACCAAGGAGGAAUUGAAGGAAAGACUAAAAGAACAAAAAGUGAUGGAAAAGAGAAUGGCCUUAAGAAGGCAAAGGACAAGGAAUAGAAAGUAUACUUCAGAAGAAUUCACUUCCAUCUUUACUGAUAAGAGACAGCAUAUACUGGAAGAGGGUUACACAGAUGUGAUUGAAGAGACGGUGGAAGUAGAGAUGUCUGGAGAAUAUACUGUGGCAGACAACAAUCAGACAGACUAUACACAGGGUCUAGGCGGAUAUGAAAACAUGCCUGGGACUCCAACACAGGAUGAAGUAGAAUAUUCUGUACCAGACAACGAAGUUGUACUUUCAGCUGAACAGUCAAAUAUUCCCAUUGUUGAUGUGUCUGCUAUAAGCACUGGGCUAAGCAUAGGUCACUUGAUCACUGGGGCAAGGUCAAAAUCAGAUGACACGUCAGCUCCCCAGAGACCAGAUACUCCUCGAAGUGUAGGUUCCGAAUCAUCACGUGCAGAGUCAACUGAAGGUGGGGUGAGACGGUCAAGGAGGGUGUCUUCUUUGAAGGAUGAACCAACUACACCCUUGGAUACUCCCAGGUCAGACAGCAGAACUUCAAGCAGAUCGGGUGCAGAUUCAGAUAAAAAGUCUCAGUCUGCCCAGAGGUACGACUUGGAUGACCUGUAUAAACCACGUGUCAGUCGUCGUCGUAGUUCACCUGCAUCCAGUACAUCAAGUGAGCAAGAGCCAGGACAACUGCGUUCUUCUACUCCUAGAUCAACAGAGUCCACUAAAGCCAAACCGUCUCAGAUUUAUGAUAAUUCAGAGCUGUACAAACCACGUUCAAGUUUUUCCACUCGUCGCCGUCGUAGUACUACCCCUCCUGCUGCGUAUCAAGAAAGACCACCAUCCCCAUUAGAAACACUUACGCCAAGGCCAGAUUCAUCUCCAGAGUCUCCGGAAAGGAGAAGAGAGCGUAAACCAGUAGAUGAAGUUGACUUUGGGGAGGCAGCACGUAGAACUAGACCUCCAAUAGAGACCAUAGAUUUUGGGGAGGCUGCAAAGAGAACCAGACGAUCAGCAGACACUAUGUUUUUUGGAGAGGCUGAAAGAAGGGCAAGAAGUCAACGGUUUCCACAGUCUCCUGUUAAAUUCACCAACAGACUUCCCAAUACAAUGGACAGGGAUGAAAGGUCAUUGUCAUCUGGCAGGUCACAGUCACCUCCUGAUGAGCGUAGCCUAUCAAGAUCCCCAAGGUACAUUGACAACAAGAGGGGUGGCUGGCGCCCACCAUCUCCAGGAGGCGGUAGGAGCAGAUCCCCUAUAAGAAGACCACCUAUGCCAGGUGCAUCAAUGAGAGGUCGGAGGCCAGCCUCUCCUCCACCCACAAUGGGGUAUGGACAGAGGAGAACACCUUCUCCACCACCAAGAGGUAGACCACAAGGUAUGGGCCCAGACAUACCACAAUCCCCAGGGGGAAGACCCCCAUCACCUCAAGAACCAGGGAUGAGAACAAGGGGCAGAUGGAAAGCUUCUCCUCCAGCACAUUCUCCCCCAAGGGUGGAAUCCCCACCUCCAGAGGGCAGCAGGUGGAUGAGGGGACAGAGACCCCCAUCUCCCCCAGGAGGCUUAAGGCAGCAAAGGGAAAGAAGACCCCCAAGGACAUAUAGUCCUCCUCCCAUUAGGGGCAGGAGAGACUCCAGGGGUGGUGGCAUGCCAAGACCUGUGUCUCCCCCUAUUCAAAACCGAGAAAUGAGAGGACAGAGAGCAUCACCCCCACCUCUUCCUGUGAGAGAAACUAGACGGAACAGGGGUCUGUCUCCCCCAUCACAGCCUGCCAGGGGUGGGAGAGGGAGAGGUCAUGGUGGCAUGCAACCAAUGGGGAGAGGCAUGAGAAGGCUCAGUGAUGAGGAAAUUCCUCCUCAAAAGAGACUUAGAAGAUAAGGUCUAGGCUUUCAAACCAGCAACAUUGAAUUAAAUUUUUUUUUUUUGUAAGGUAGAGUCAAGUCCAUUUAUACAUAGUCUGUCAGUCCAAAAAUCAUCAAACAGUGUAUUUUAGAUAAGAGAUGGUAUAGGACAAAGAGCACAGACCUCUGUCUAUGACAAAAGACAAUGGUUCAGUUUAAAAUGUUAAUUCUUUCCCUCCUGUGAAUAACUGCCAUUCUUAUUAAAUUUCAUUAAAAUUUCCAAAGUUCUAUGUUUAAGAUAUCUUGUCCACUUUUCCUAGUAAGUAAACAAACACUUUAAUCAACAUAACCUCCUUUACUGGUGGAGUUAAAUAUUGUAAUAAACCAUGUAAAUAAUAUUGGAAGAAAA